AUGUCCCCCGCGGCCUUCCUUCGCAAUGCCUUGCGACUUCUCGUCCCGCUGGCCGUAGCUUCGACCGUCUACCUGUACCUCUAUCCCGUCUUCUUGGGCUGCGCAUUUCCGCUCCCCGAUGCGCAGCCGGCCUCGGCCGCCUUUCGCUCUACGAUACAGCAGCAUGUCGGCGACUCGGCAACAGGCCUCGCGCCCUUCCGCCUCCUGGCCCUUGGCGACCCCCAGCUCGAGGGCGACACGUCGAUACCGAACGCAUACCGCGACUCGUCGUUCCCCCAUCUGAUGGAGUUCGUCUCCCAUGUCACAUUCCAAACCGAGCACUACUCGUUUCGCGAGCGGAUACGCAGGUCGUUGCAUGAUCUGGUCGACUUCUACUUCGAGGAUAUCCCAGACACGAUUGAGUCGAUACGCAAGCGCAUAGACCUGUUCGGCAAUGAUUUUUACCUUGCCCACAUCUACAGAACUCUGAAGUGGUGGACGAAGCCCUCUCAUGUCACGGUGCUGGGUGAUUUGGUCGGCAGUCAGUGGAUCAGCGAUGAGGAGUUCGAUAGGCGGAGUUGGAGGUACUGGAACCGCGCUUUCUACGGGGGUGAACGGGUGCCGGACGAAGUUGCUGCUAGCCCGGCAGAGGAGUACGAAAUCACUGGAUAUCUGGGUAAUGAGGGACCCAACGGCACGGUAUGGAGGAGAAGGCUCAUCAACAUUGCUGGCAACCACGACGUCGGUUACGCUGGGGAUCUGACCGUCGAGCGGCUGGCGCGUUUUGAGACUACCUUUGGCAAGGCCGCCUACGAACUCCGGUUUGAGCUGCCCAUCAAGAACGAAACAUCCAAUGCCACGGUCAUGGACGUGGAGAAGAACCAGGAUUCAACCCGCUUGCCUCCCGAACUCAGGAUCGUUGUGGUCAACAACAUGAACCUCGACACGCCAGCCAUCGCUCCCGAGCUCCAGGACCAGACGUACUCCUUCGUCAACGACGUCAUCAACACUGCGUCGGCGGUCGAAUACCAGGGGCACUUCACGGUUGUGCUGACCCACAUGCCUCUGUACAAGCCCGAGGGUGUCUGUGUGGAUGCUCCGUUCUUUGACUUCCAUUCGUCAGAAGAGGGAGGUGGUGUGAAGGAGCAGUAUCAGCUGUCCGCUGAUGCGUCAAAAGGAUUUCUCGAGGGCAUUUUUGGCAUGCAUGGCGAUACUAAUGCGCCGGGCAACGGCAAUGGUCGCCGCGGUGUCAUUAUCAAUGGCCAUGAUCAUGAAGGUUGCGACAUCUUCCACUUCAUCAACCAAACCGACGGGGAAAGCCCAGAACAACGCAGUUGGGAAGUCAUGCGGUGGAAUGACGCCUAUGGCAAGAACGUUCCGGGUCGCCCGGGCCACCCGGGCCUCCGAGAGAUUACCGUCAGGAGUAUGAUGGGCGGCUUUGGUGGCAACGCUGGCUUGUUCAGUGCUUGGUUUGAUGAAUCCACUUGGGAAUGGAAGUUUGAAUUUGCCAACUGCGCACUGGGAAAGCAGUACUUCUGGUGGUUCACACAUAUCAUUGAUCUCAUUGCCAUCGUCGGUGUUCUUGGGUACGCCGUUUUGAAAAGUCUGCUGGCUGCCGGUAUGGACGUGGAUCAGUGGCCUGAAUUUGUGACGUCGAGAUUCCCAGCUGCGGCUCGAGAGAAACCUGUACAAGUCAAAGCGGAGACAACAAAGCCUGAACCUGUUGGAAAUGGGGAAAGCAAAAAGCCAUAG